UCCUUUUGUUUCUAUUUGUAAGAUGAAGAUAUCACCAUGGUAUUUGCCAUUUACUUUACNAAGGCCACGAGAAAUUAUGUUUAACGUGUGAGUUUGCAAUGUAGUGGGAUAUCUAAAUCAGAUUCUUCCAGAAGAAGAAAAUCUUAAAUUAUUCAUUGCGACUUUCACAAGUUUGCAAAGAGACACUUAAAGAUCCUUUCAGUAAGACAUAUACAACACACAGCGAAUGCUCAAUUGAGUUUGAGGUUGACGGACCAUAUAAGGCAAUGAUUAUACCUGCAUCCAAGGAGGAAGGGAUUUUGAUCAAGAAACGUUAUGCAGUUUUCAAUGAUGAUGGUACCCUUGCUGAACUGAAAGGUUUUGAGAUCAAGCGUAGAGGUGAGCUAAAGCUCAUCAAAGUUUUCCAGGCUGAGCUAUUCCAUAAAUUUCUUCAUGGGUCGACAUUGGAGGAGUGCUAUUCAGCUGUUGCUUCUGUUGCAAAUCGCUGGUUUGAUCUUCUCGAUAAUCAGGGUGAAGACAUUGCAGAUAGAGAAUUACUUGAUUGUAUAUCAGAAUCUAGCACAAUGAGCAAAUCCUUAGCGGAUUAUGGUGAACAAAAAUCAUGUGCCGUGACCACAGCUAAACGCUUAGCUGACUUCCUUGGGCAUGCAAUGGUUAAAGACAAGGGAUUGCACUAUCAGUAUAUAGUUGCAUGUGAACCGAAGGGAACACCGGUAAGUGAGCGUGUUGUUCCUGUUGCAAUUUUUGAGACUGAACCUGAAAUUAUGAAGUUUUAUGUGAAAAAAUGGUGCAAAAUCUCAUCAGAUGUUGGUAUCCGAUCAAUUAUUGAUUGGUCAUACUACAAGCAAAGGCUCAGUUCUGCUAUUCAAAAAUUAUCACCAUUCCUGCUGCUGUGCAAAAGGUUUCGAAUCCUGUCCCGAGGGUGGUUCAUCCUGAUUGGCUACACAGGAAGGUCUGUGAGAAAGAGGACAAGUUUCGUAAACGGAAAUUGGUUGACAUAUUCAGUCGACAAAAGAGAGAUUUUGCUGCAAGAGAGAGUGGUGAUCCUAACAUCAGUGAUCAUGUAGCGAAUGAACUUAAUGUGCCCGACAUGGAAGACUUUAGGAACACUGGAAACACUCUUCCUGCUAAGCCUCAACCUAUUGUUCGUUCUUAUGGGAUCAAUUAUGAACAACAUCAAAUCAAAACGAGUAAUCUAAGAGAAAGUGCAAAGUUGAGUGAUAAAGAUGAAAGUGGACAUAAGCUUUCAACCAAUCCACUGCAAGAGGCUUCCGAAGAAUGAAUUGACAGAAGUGUAGAUUAUCGAGGAUGGCUGGAGUUAAGGAAGAGAAGGUGGAAAGAGAUUCGGGAGAAAAAGAAUGUCAAAGGUUAGAUAACUUUAGGACUUCAAAUGAUGGUAGUGAGGCGCCCAGCAGAAUACUCAAUUUCAAGCAGGCUCAAGGCAGAGUUGGGGUGAAUUCCUAUUUUCAGAGGCAUGAGUUAACUGUUACAUGCUGUCAUUGGCAGAUUAUUCAGUUUGUGCCAAGUUCAAUGCAUGGCCAAUUUUUUGCUUGGGUAGUUGUAGACGGAACAAUGCGUACGAUUCCCAUACAAGUCUCCAGACUGUUUUACCUCAAUCCAAAAGCCCCUGUGACUGAAGAGUUUCCUGGAAGGCGUGCGAACAAGAUUCUUCCUCAUGGCCACAAAAAAUACAAUCUGAUUGAGGUUACAAUUGAUGAAGACCAAUUCAGAGCUGAAAGCGAGAAAUUAGCAGCUCACCUUGCGGAUCCUGAAGUUGAGUGGAUAAGUCUGCCAAAAAAAAGAAAUGUCCAAGAUGGCUGGAGUUUGGAUGAAUUGCAUAUGAAAACAACUACAGAAUGCUCGUAUCUGGAAAAUUCGAUGUCUUUCUUCUACUUGUAUCAUAGCAUAUCUGAUUCUCGAGCUAUGUACGUUGCAUAUUUUCCUACGUCGAGCCAAGUGUAUGUUGUGGUUGUUAGCCCUUUCCCAAGUAAAGAAUUAUCACCUCAAAUGCUCGAAAGACAAUUCCGUGAAGCUAGCCAAGCAUUAUCCAUUCAGCUCUCCAUGACAAAUGAAGGCAUGACAUUCAAGGUUGAAUAUGUGGCACAUGUCAAGGAUGCUCAAGGAAACUUGCAGAGGAUGAUAACCGAAUACAGGUUACUCUGUCUGUUCUUUAUAAUCCCACUGUCAAUAUCGAGUGAGUACUUUAAUUUAUGUUCGCUGAAAAGUGAUUUUGUAUCCUUUAAUACAUACUGGUGAGAUUUGUAGCGUUUAAUCUAAAAAAUUCAUACGAAAAACAGCGGAUAUCGUUGUUUAAUACAUAUUAAUCUAUUUAAUUUCUGUUCGCUUAAAAGUGAUUUUGUAUCCUUUAAUACAUAUUGUUGAAUUUUUUUACAAUUAAUCUUCGUGAUUAUUGUUGUUUUUUGGCUCGGCGUUUAAGUUUAGUUGUCCACUUAAUCUGAAAAUGAUUUUGCAUAAUGGAUUUUAAUUGUCGAACGCGAGUGUUAUCCAUUUUUUACAAUUU